AUGGGCGAGUACUCGAAAGCACUUCCAUUGCAUGAAAGAGCACUUGAAAUCCGAAAAAUAGCUCUCACUCCGAAUCAUCCCGACUUGGCUCAAUCUUACAAUAACAUCGCUUCGGCAUAUAAUAGUACGGGCGAGUACUCGAAAGCGCUUUCAUCGCACGAACGAUCACUUGAAAUAAAAAAAAUAGCUCUCCCUCCGAAUCAUCCUUCCUUGGCUACUUCCUACAACAACAUCGGUUCGGUAUAUUGUAGUAUGGGCGAGUACUCGAAAGCACUUACAUACUACGAAAAAGAUCUGGAGAUCAAUCUGAAAGCUCUCCCUCCGAAUCAUCCCGACUUGGCUACUUCCUACAACAACAUCGGUUCGGCGUAUGAUAGCAUGGGCAAGUACUCGAAAGCACUUUCAUAUUAUGAAAAAGCGCAUGAAAUCGAUCGAACAACUCUGCCACCAAAUCAUCCACAUAUUGCACACUCGAAAAGAAACAUUGAAAAUUAUCUUGAGCGACGCUUCUCACUCUCAGUUCGUAUUAUGGUGACAUGUACUUUUAUUCUUGGCACAAUUCUAUAUAUGGGUGUUAUUCUCUAUGGACCGAGCUUGGCAUUGAGUCAAAUGACUGGGUUAAACAUUUGGCUUGCAGUUGGUUCAUGUGGAUUGGUUUGUACAAUUUAUACAAGUAUUGGUGGAAUUAAAGCUGUGAUUUGGACUGAUGUUGUACAAGCUGUCAUGAUGUAUCUUGGCCUUAUUGUGUCGAUUGUUUUUGGCAUCAUCGAUGUCGGCGGAAUCGCAAAAGCGGUUGAAACAGUGUCUAGCGGAAAUCGAUUUCAAUUCCGGGUUGAUACUCUAGAUCCAUCUGUUCGUUACACUUUCUGGAGUGUGCUGAUUGGUUUCACAGUUUUUGACAUAGGCAUAUAUGGAUGCACACAGACUCAAGCACAAAGAUACAUGUGUGUCAAAGAUACAAAGACAGCAAAAAGAGUUGUUUGGAUUAAUUAUGCAAUGAAUGUAGUGCUGCAAAUUCUAUUAGCAUGCGUUGGUUGUGUUAUCUAUGCAAAGUAUAGCCAAUGCGAUCCAAUUAAAGCUAAACUGAUUUCGAGAUCAGAUCAAUUGUAUCCUUUGUUUGUUAUACAAACAUUGGGACGAUUUCCUGGUUUCACUGGUAUUUUCAUAGCUAGUAUUUUGAGUGCAUCGUUAAGUACAAUUUCGAGUGGAGUCAAUAGUAUAGCAACAGUCAUUGUCGAAGAUAUCUAUAAACGAAUAUCAAUCGCACGCCCAAUGUCAAACGAACGCCAAGCGACGGUAUCUAAGGUCUUGUCGAUCGGAUUGGGUCUUUUCACCAUAUUUCUCGCAUUCAUCGUGUCUUAUAUGAAAACCAACAUCAUUACAAUAGUUUUACAAAUCUUCGGUGCCUUUACAGCUCCCAUCCUUGGUGUCUAUUUACUUGGAUUCUUUACAGCACGUGUUCAAAGUCGAAGUGCUCUUGUUGCUUUUACUCUCUGCCUGACAUUUCAAAUUUGGAUUGCUGUUGGAAGUACUGUCACUGUAAAACCGCCUAAUAAGCAAGGUGGAUUAUUGCCCACUUCAGUUGUUGGAUGUAUGCAAUCAGUGAACACCAGUUUUCCGAUGUCAAAAAAUCGGAACUACAAUCCAUUGAUACCACUCUACUCCAUAGCACCUACGUGGUUUGUUUUUAAUGGUGCCAUUAUCACUCUACUCCUUGGACUAAUCUUUAGCUUCGUUUGUGAUUCAAAAUAUCCAAAAAUAGUAGAUAAAUCAUUGGUAAUAACUCGAGAUGACAUAUUCUCGUGUUGUUCAUCAAGAAAAGAAGUUAUGAAACUAACAAUAGCACAGAAAUAUAAUGGAAUUUCAACGGAUAAUACAAUGAUCGAAAAGGAAUCCAUGCUUAAGACUUGA